AUGAGCGGAGCGCCUUUCGAAACGCCGUCAUCUUUCACGAACUGGGGACUGGUGCUUGACGGCGAUGUGCGACAAGAUGUCGUCAACCGCGGCGGCUGCAGCGCGACACAGCAACUUCACCUGCAACGGCCCCCACGACAGUAUCCCCGAGCCGGAUCCAUCACGUCUGCUGCUACAGCAGCGACUGUCCGUGAAUCAAUCAGCCGCAACAACUACAACACCAACCAUGGAAGUGGCACAGUUCUUGACGACUGGGAACGCUCUGCGGUGGGCCUGUACAGAGAGAUUCGCCGCCACCGAAGCGAGGGAUCGCAACCGACGCGCAACGGCGCAAAACUGCGUGACGGCACACAUGCGAAGCGCCGUCUUGAUCCCUCUGAGUACCCCUCACUGCCCCCGUAUGCUGCAUUGAUGGGUACGGCGUUUCCACAGCUGCUCGGCGGGCCGUUUGCACCUCCGGGCCUGGUGCCGCCAAACCUUGCAUGCGACAGCAUAGAAGGCGCACCCCAGCUGUCGUCGUCCUCUCCACUGCUGCUAGAAUACUUUCUCUCGAUUGGGUACCCGCUGCGUCUCUCUUACAAUGCGGAGACAGCUGCCGCUUCGUACUCGGCCGCUCUUGUCGCUGUCGCCCAGAAGACAGUUGCGUGGUUUAAUGACAGCGGCGUGGCAGUGGAGGAUAUGGUACCGAGUAGGAUUGCCGCGCCGGCGCAUCGCUUCGGCAUCCGCCUCCUCCCUGAUGUCCUGCAGCAGACGGUCGCAGCGCACCGGAUGACUCCUGCAACAGCAACAGCGUGGCUGCUGCGCGUGUAUGUUGGCUUUCUGGCGCCGCAGGAGGCAAAGGAGCACAGCAUCCAGGCUGCAAUAGCGGCGGACCACGGCUUUGAGAGCGGCCCACCAGAUCCUGGGAUGCCACCCGCGUUCUGUAUGGAGGAUAUCUGGCGCUGGGCCAGCUCCAUGUGCGCGGCAGUCUACCAGCUACAGACUAACACCCGCGCGGUGAGAGAGACUAGCUUCCACAGAACUGAGAAGCUGCCAUCUGGCACUUUGAGCGGAAGCGGAGGUGAGAAGACAGUCUCUCAGCAAGCAAUGCAGUCGCUUGCAAGCGAGCGUUGCAGCGAUAAUGUUGGGUGGCGGCUCUUCGCCCUCACUGUCCUUCAACAAACCACAACACUGAUUCUGCGCGGCUGCUUCAACACGGCGACAGUCAACCCAACUACUGGAUCACCAGACUCCUCCAGCGCAGGGACACAAGGAGAGUGUGCCGGUCGAGGUGGAUUAAAGGAGGACUCCAUGUGUGAGGUGCCAUCGUCGCCACUGGCAUCAGAAGCCAUACUGCCACCGGUGCCCACCACCCGCGUCGUUGUGGAAGGGUUGGCGUGUUUCGCGCAGCUUUUGCGGCUUCACGAAAAGUUCCCCCGACACGGGAAGCUGCGAAACGAUCCCGGAGGUGUGCGUGCUUGCGACGCUGCCACACACGUUGCCGAAACUGCGCAGGAGAUGGUUGAGAAGCAAUGGGAAGGCCACGCACAGCUGGCGGUGCAGCAGCUCCCACACCUCUCUCCAGACUACCACCAUCUUGUGCACGUGAUGGACUUUGUGCUCACCAGUUGA